AGGGGUUUUUUGUCAGAUGCAUACCUUGUCAAUGUGAUUAUUUGACACCGCCAGUUCCAUGACUGCGGUUAAGCUCCAACUUGAUGGAUUGCUGGUAGUAAUUAUGUUAAUCUUGGCAUGUAAAGGUCAUCCUUUCAGAGGUGCAGCACUAAUUUUAUUCUAUUGAUGGAUGUCAUCCUAAUGCAUUAUCUGGAAGUGGAAUUUAGACACGCUGGAGAUCCAACUUUUCCAGCUGUUGUUCUGCAUCUGUGGCACCCGAGGAGAAGAGACUCCGCUCUGCCAGGUCUCAGUGCUCUUCAGACACUUGUCCUUGACAUCCAAAUGCCUUGUGUUGAUUGUCAUGCCACCAACCCUAUAUGAGUUAUGAUGACGGCUGUUUCUUUGACUCAGAAAAGAAGCUCCCCCUACUCUCACCAUUGAGCAAAUCACAUGAUGUGAUGGAGAUGCAUCCUGAAAGUCUAUGCUUCAAGGAAUCUGCCAGCAGGAUAUGAGUAUUUUGAGCCCUGUGACAGAUAACAAAUCAAACAUUGGGGGAAUUGUGGGAGGCCCAGAAGAAUACUCCAGAGUCAUGCAGUCAGAGGAGCUAUUCAGUAGGAAACUCAAAGCCUUGAAUGGAAGCAUGGGACCGCCAGCCUCCAGCAUGCAGGUGAAACCUGAUGGUGCAGGAAAAACAAAUGGUACUCCGGCCAUGCCUAAAAUGGGAGUCAGGGCCAGGGUGACAGAAUGGCCACCAAGGAAAGAUGGAUGGGAUGGACGGCCUUCACCAAACUACCAGAGUGUGAUACCCGUGUUUCAGAAUGGACAGCAGGAACAUACUGUGGAAAUAUUAGAGCAAGGCGAGGGAGUUUGUGUAGAGGUAGACUACACUGACAAAUACACACUGAGUGACCUUCUCAGCCACUCCCCACUGAGGGGUCUCCACCCUAUCCGUCAGCGGAGCAACAGCGAUGUCACCAUAAGUGACAUUGACUCAGAGGACAUCAUGGACCAGAGCGCUGUCAACCCAAACACCGGAGCAUCGCUGCAUCGUGAGUACGGCAGCACAUCCUCCAUCGACCGGCAGGGCCUCGGUGGGGAUGGCUUCUUUACCAUGCUUAGGGGCUACAGAGUGGACAACCUGGACCAUCGUAGCAUACCACCUCUGGGUUUCCCAGAGUUGUUGCGCUGCGACGCCUCCCUCUCACCGAGUUUGCAAACAGCAGCUCAAAUCGCCAGGGGUGAGAUAGUCCACAUUCCGGGUUAUGAUUACAUAGACACUUCUUUCCUCUACAGCCGGGAACGAGAGAAAUCCUUCAUGAGGCGUCUCAAAUCCGAGUCAACAGAAACUUCACUGUUCAGGAAACUGCGUACCAUAAAAAGCGAAAGUGAUGCUUUGCGUCUCUCCAUAGAGGAAGACCGGCGACCACUGAGCUUCCAAAAAUGUUUUGCUCACUACGAUGUACAGAGCGUGCUUUUUAACAUCAGUGAAGCAGUUGCAAGCAGAGCUAACCUGAGCCAGAGGAAGAAUACCACCACUGGGGCUUCGGCUGCCUCAGCAGGAGUAGGUACUGGGGCAGGUGGCGUGCCAGGAGGUGGAGCUGGGGCUGGACCUGGACCUGGACCUGGACCUGGAGCUGGGGCAGAUGGUGGAGCAGCAGGUUGUAGUAGUGGAAAUCCCCCCAUGUUUGAGUCUCCACUCGGCAGCAGGGAAGACUUGAACCCCAAGGAGAACCUGGACGUAGAUGAGGGGGAUGGAAAGAGCAACAGCUUGGUGCUGAACUGUUCGCACUUUCGCAACGAGAUCGGUGGAGAGGGCGAGAGGAAGAUAUCCCUCUCCAGAGCCAACAGUGCCAACUACAGCGGCAUGUCAGAGAGCUGCUCCUUUGAGUCGUCUCUGAGUUCACACUGUACAAAUGCAGGAGUUUCUGUACUGGAGGUGCCUCGUGAAAACCAGCCAAUCCACAGGGAGAAGGUCAAACGCUACAUCAUUGAGCACAUUGAUCUUGGAGCAUACUACUACCACAAAUACUUCUAUGGGAGAGAGCAUCAAAACUAUUUUGGGGUAGAUGACAAUCUGGGACCUGUGGCAGUGAGCAUCCGCAGGGAAAGGCUGGACGAUGGAAGGGAGAAAGACGGCAUGCAGUACAACUAUCGGAUCACUUUCAGGACAAGUCAGCUGACAACGCUCCGAGGAGCCAUCCUGGAGGAUGCCAUUCCAUCCACAGCAAGACAUGGAACAGCCCGCGGCCUGCCGCUUAAGGAAGUGCUUGAAUAUGUCAUCCCUGAGCUGAAUAUCCAGUGUCUGAGGCUGGCCCUCAACUCUCCCAAAGUUCCAGAGCAACUCCUGAAACUGGAUGAGCAAGGCCUAAGCUUCCAGCACAAGGUGGGAGUUCUCUACUGCAAGGCAGGCCAAAGCACAGAAGAGGAGAUGUACAACAAUGAAAGUGCUGGACCAGCGCUUGAUGAGUUCUUGGAUCUGCUUGGUCAGAGGGUGCGCCUCAAAGGCUUCACCAAAUACAGAGCUCAGCUGGAUAACAAGACUGACUCCACCGGUACACAUUCUCUUUACACUACCUACAAGGACUACGAACUGAUGUUUCAUGUGUCCACGAUGCUCCCCUACACGCCCAACAACCGACAGCAGUUAUUAAGGAAGAGACAUAUUGGCAACGACAUCGUCACCAUAGUAUUCCAGGAGCCCGGGGCCCUUCCUUUCACUCCAAAACACAUCCGCUCUCAUUUCCAACAUGUGUUUGUCAUCGUCAAAGUCCACAACCCCUGCACUGAUAACGUCUGCUACAGUGUGGCUGUAUCCAGAUCUAAAGACGUGCCUCCGUUUGGCCCCCCUAUUCCCAAGUCUGUAACUUUCCCAAAGUCAGCAGUUUUCAGGGACUUCCUGCUCGCCAAGGUCAUCAACGGGGAGAACGCCGCUCACAAGUCAGAGAAGUUCCGAGCCAUGGCGACUCGCACGCGGCAGGAGUAUCUAAAGGACCUAGCUGAGAACUUUGUUAGCACAGCGACGAUAGACUCAGCUGUGAAAUUCAGCUUCAUCACCCUUGGGGCCAAGAAGAAAGAGAAAGUUAAACCCAGAAAGGACGCACAUCUGUUAAGUGUGGGAGCCAUCACCUGGAGUGUCUGUGCCCGGGACUUUGGCCAGUCAAUGGACGUGGACUGCUUGCUUGGCAUUUCCAAUGAGUUCAUCGUGCUCAUUGAGGAGGAGUCAAAAAACGUGGUGUUCAACUGCUCGUGUCGUGAUGUCAUCGGAUGGACCUCAGGGAUUAUGAGCAUUAAGAUUUUCUAUGAGCGCGGGGAGUGUAUCAUGCUGUCUGCCCACGACAGCUGCGGAGAAGAUAUCCGGGAGAUGGUGCAAAGACUAGAGAUCGCCACGAGAGGUUGUGAAACAACAGAGAUUACCCUGCGCAGGAACAGCCUUGGGCAGCUCGGCUUUCAUGUCAACUUUGAAGGCAUCGUGGCCGAUGUCGAGCCCUUUGGCUUUGCCUGGAAGGCAGGGCUAAGACAGGGCAGCCGGCUGGUGGAGAUCUGCAAGGUGGCUGUCGCCACUCUUACUCACGAGCAGAUGAUUGACCUGCUGCGCACAUCUGUUACAGUCAAAGUGGUUAUAAUCCAGCCUCAUGAAGACGGAACACCUCGAAGAGGCUGCUCUGAGCUUUACCGAAUACCAAUGGUAGAGUACAAGGUCGACAGCGAGGGUACGCCCUGCGAGUACAAGACGCCCUUCAGGAGAAACACCACCUGGCACAGAGUGCCCACAGCUGCUGGAGCCCCUCUGUCCCGAAGUUCGCCCACUCAGGUUCCCGAUCGCCUGCAGUGCCAGCAGAUCCUCCAGCAGCACCAGGCAGCUAUUCCACGAAGCACCUCGUUUGAUAGGAAGCUCCCAGAUGGUUCCAGGAUGAUGCAAGACAUGGAGAAUCCUCAGCUCACCUCAUGUAACAAGGGAGACCCACACUACCGCAGCUCCCCCAGUAACCAGUCCUCCUCCAGUGAUCCAGGGCCGUGCGGCAGCAGCAACUGGACCCAGCAGCCUGGAUAUGACGGCUGUCCAUCCCCUAUCCUGCAUGAGCGGGCAGGGGACAUCCAGGGAGGAGAUGGAGAGAUCCGCAGGGAGAGAGAGCCCACGCUGGAGAGAGCCAGAUCUGCAGAGGCCAAAUGGCACAUUCCCUCCACCAAGAUCCUGAAUCCUCUGAAGCAAAGAGAAGGAGGAAAAGAUUCUCCAAACAAGCUGUCCAGGGCUGGCGAUAAAAACUCAAGCCACUCAAGUAGCAACACUCUUUCGAGCAACGCCUCCAGCAACAGCGACGAUAAGCACUUUGGCUCUGGAGACUUGAUGGACCCGGAGAUGCUGGGGCUCACUUACAUCAAAGGGGCAUCCACAGACAGCGGCAUAGACACUAAUCCCUGUGUGCCCCCUGGGGCCCGGGUGUUGCUGCAGGGUCGUGUGGGGGAGCCUGGACACCCCUGGAUGUCUGAGCACCAUGAGGACGGGGCUUCAGAGGAGGAUCAUGGAAAACUCUACUUACAGCAGGGCUUUGCUUCGGCUAUUAUGUCUAGUCACGUGACGGAGGGCAGCAUCGGGGACCUCAGCGAGAUUUCAUCUCACUCAAGUGGGUCACACCACUCUGGCAGUCCUCUAGCCCGCGGUGCCAGGUACUGUAUGUCUGCUGACUCCUCCAAGGUGUACACCAUCCCCCAGACCAGCAGCUCAGGGCCAGAGCCAGGGCCAGGGCCCACCUCGGAGGCCUGUGGACAGGCACGCACACAGUCCAGUUGCAAACUCCCAGAGGGCAUGAAGGCGGCUGAUGAUGAUGGUGAUGAUGAUGCCCACAGCAAUGAGGGACCUCCCAACAUUUCAGAGUGUGGAGGAGCGGAGAGCUUGUUAGCCUUCCUUCUCAAAAUGCUGUCUGAGCGUUCCAGGCAGCUGUAUGCGCAGGAAGCAGCCUGCCGGCUUCAGGCUGCUGAGCGAGACGGAAAAUCACUGCAGCGACUUUCAAAAGAAGAGUACCGUAAAAUGAUGCUGGCCAACAGCCCUCCAGGAGAAGACAGGAAUCGGAAGGUGUCAGCAGUGGGCACUUUGUCACCAAGACGCUCCCUGUACCGAACACUUUCGGACGAGAGCGUGUGCAGUAACCGCAAAGCCUCAUCGUAUACCAGUUCGCACAGCUCCAUGCUGGAUCAAGCCAUGCCCAACGACAUCCUGUUCAGCACCACCCCGCCUUACCACAGCACGCUGCCUCCUCGCAUGAUCCACAAUCAAGGAGCGUCUAAUCUAAGGAGUGAGUUUUGGUUCUCUGACGGCUCCUUGGCGGACAGGUCCAAGUUCAGCGACCCAGGCCUCAUGCCCCUCCCAGACACUGCAUCGGGCUUGGAUUGGUCUCACCUGGUUGAUGCAGCACGAGCCUUCGAAGACCAGCGCGUGGCUUCUUUCUGCACAAUGACGGACAUGCAGCGGGCCGAGGCUCUGCAGAUCUCAAGAGAGCUGACCAGACGGGUGGUGGAGGCGGAGGGAGCAGCGCUGGAAGCAGACAGCUCCCCAUCCACGCUAACUGGCAAAGUCAACCAGCUGGAGGUGAUCCUCAGGCAGCUGCAGCAUGACCUCAGAAAGGAGAAAGAGGAUAAGGCGAUGUUACAGGAGGAGGUGCAACACCUGAGACAGGACAACAUGCGGCUGCAGGAGGAGAGCCAGACGGCAGCAGCUCAGCUCAGGAAGUUCACAGAGUGGUUCUUUCACACCAUUGACAAGAAACCCUGAGAGGGAGGCCUGUAGAAACGGAGGGAAACCAAGCAAAGAAGGCCUUUAUCCCUCCGAGGGCAUCCACUCAACUCCUGUUUAAACCUCCAAGAUGAUCUAUAAAUAAACAGACUAUAAAACAAACCAUUACCAGCCCCAAGAGUAAUAAAGACUCCUUUAAAAUGCCCCAUGUUUAGGAGACUGCUGUGCUGCCCUGAGCAAGAGACUUGAAGCCUGAUCUGGACCUUCGUUUUGGGAUCAUUCUCCGUCUAAAGUGCAGGGCUGUUUUUGACAUUAACGGCCUCUUCAUCCUGGAGAACAAGGCUCUUGGGAAACCUCAUCUCCAGUGCUGGAGAGGAAUUGAGAAAGGCAACCCCGGGGGCCCCCUCUGAAGUCCCUGGGAUCUUCUUACAGUAGUGGAAUGUAAAGCUCAUUUACUGUAGUCAACAUUUAAUCUACCUACGUAAGUCACGUCAGUCUACUGUACUGUAUAUUCAGCUGUACUGUAUCAUACUGCGCACACUGUCACACAGCUGUUUCUGUGCCGGCUUUCACGGACAAAGGAGAAAUAGAGGGGGAGGGGAGGAAUGUACUGGACAUAAUGAAGUGGUACUUACUGUCUGCUUGCACCAAGAGGAAUCCACAUGUGGCGGUCUUGAAAACAUACGGUAAAGAGAGGGGAAUGAAUGUAGCUCAGCUGAGACCUGUUCUUCUCUCUGGAUGUCUGGUUCCCAAAGUCACAAACGUUUUAAGGUUUGAUGCUUUGAGAUUUGGUUCUUAACAAUCUUCACGUUUUCUUUUUCUCUGUGUUGUAACAUAGGGUCACAUGGCAGUAAUUUCAAUGUUUAAAGGUGCUUUUCCCUUCACACGUUUUGUCAGUAGUUUCCAUUCACUGUCACAAUGUCCUAGCAAUAACCAAGUGGUAGUUACAUAACUGUGUUUGAAAAAAAAAAGAGUAAAGAACAAGAGUUAGCACAAAGGUAAAGAGCUCCUUUCGAGAAGCAGUUGUAUUUUACAUGUAUUUAUAAAGCUGGAGGAGACCGUGCCUAAAACUGGUUGUAAAUGGAUUGUUUGUUUGCUUUCGGUUCUUUUUUUUGAUAAACACUUGGCUUGUUUGUGGCUCACUGAUAUAAAAAUUGUGUGUGUGAAUGUGUGAAUGUGUGCAUGUGCGCGUGUGUGAAGUUUAACACAGCAAAAUGAGUUCUUAUGCAGUGGUUUUUAGAGCAUUAGAGCAAGCGCCAGUGAACCACACUUACAACGCCAAAUGUGUUUAUUUCUGUACAUAACUGCCACAGAAGUGUCUUGUAUUUAACACUGUUAUUUAAGCUUAUUUAACCUAAAGUUGUUUAUUUUAUUAAGGGUAUUUGUUUUUCUGCACUAAAGGAGAGAUAAAGCUCUGUGUACGUUGUAAAGUGUGUAGCUUGCCAGGGCAAAAGAAAACAAAAACAUAAUAAAAACUAUAUAUUUAAAUAUAUAAAUGAUGAUUUUGGAGAUUCCAACAUUUGGAUGCUGCUAGAUUAACAGUUCGCUGGUUUGUAUGCUUUUAAAAAUGUCUCUCUCCCCAUUAACUGUCUCAUCCCUGGUGGGAUGUUGUUAGCUUUUUUUCUUGGUUUGUUUUAUCUUUUUUUUUUUUUUUUUAAAUAAAUGUAGUUGUAAAAAUAACAGCUUUUUUGUGUUUUUUGAAAUGUCUCUUCUGUCAUUACUCACAACCAAAUGUAGUGAUGUCAAAUUUAUAUCUGCAUCAUGUGACCCAGUUUGGGACUCUUACCAGCCAAUGGUGUUAGAUGUUGAAUUUGAAGGAUUUGGGAGAUCUUUUUGCUUAACUGCAUCACAGAAUAUCUCCAGCUUUACU